UGCUUCGGAGAACAAGGAGGACGAUAUUCUAACAUGACUGAGGAGGAGAGCAAGAAAUACAUUGAAGAAGGGUAUGCACCACAAGGAGUGAUAAAUACUUCAAUCCAGAUCUUAUUCCCGAUGGCGCUUUGCUCAAACAUCACCCUGAUUUUCAAACUAUUUGGUCCCGUUACUGGCGCCAGCUACAAACAACCAAUAAUAUGGACAUGGAUACCUAUCCUGGUGUGUCUGAUAUGAUUGAGGUAUGGCCAUUAAACUGGCCCAAUACCACCAAGGGGUAUGACAAUGAAGUCAACGAUCUGGCUAUCUUUGCUAUCCAGGAACACAAUAAGGAACCGUUCCAUAUUUUUAAGUACGAGCUCUUGAAGAUUGAGAAAGUGAACGCACGCCUGUCAGGAUAUCUUGAAUUUUUCAUCACUGUUAAAGUCAGGAAUCUCACUCUUGGUACUGUUAUUGAAACUUUUCAAAUACAUACCGGUAGACCCCUGCUUGUGCGUUAUCUAGUACUUACCGGUAAAAUGGCUCAGCGUUCUGAAGAUGUCUAUUCCUUUCUGCCAAAAGGAGGGGAUUUGGUCGAUAGUUCCAAGGAAGAAAUGGCUGGUAGCGAAUCGAGACCAUUUUCAUCUGAGAAGAAGCCAAAUUCUGCAGAAGAACUUCUUGCCUGGCAGAGGGAACUGCCCUGCCGGUUCUUGGCUAAUGAGGUUUUAUGGGACGACAAUGUUUUCAUCCCGGAAGACGGUUCGAAGCAUCUCACCUUUACAUUUACAUUUCGCAGACUUUACAGGAGAUACUUCAAUCAGAUUUGUGAAACCGAGGGUUUCGACAUUGACAUCUAUCCCGGUGAUUCUAUGGCUGCUAUGUAUAUACCGUACCUGGAUUUUGAGAAAGAACUUGGCUUGCUGAUGGAUCUGGCUAAACAUGGUAUUCAGGAAUACAACAAUAGAGAAAUCGAUGAUUACAAGUACGAGGUCAAGUCUGUUGAAAAAGUGAACUUUAUUUUGGCUGAAUGUCGUGAAUUCUUUAUGACGGUUAAAGUUAAAAAUCUCACUUUGCGUACACCCGUAGAAACUUUUCAAAUCCAUGCAUAUAAGGGACCAGAUUUUGAGAAUGUUGUCCGUACGUGCCGGAAAAAGUUGUUUGAGGUUUUGGUCGACGAUGAAAUGGCUGGUAGCAAAUCGAGACAAUUUUCACCUGCAAAGAAACCAAAAUCUGCAGAAGAACUACUUGCCUGGCAGAGGGGACUGCCCCGCCGGUUCUUGUCUAAUAUUGAGGUUUUUUGGGAUGCCGAAGUCUUCAUCCCUGCAGGUGUUUUGAAAAAGGACUCUGCUAUAUUUUGCAGCAUUUAUAGGAGAUACUUCAGUCAGAUUUGUGAAACCAAGGGUUUCGACAUUGACAUCUAUCCCGGUGAUUCUGUGGCUGCUAUGUAUAUACCGUACCUGGAUUUUAAGAAAAAAAUUGGCUUGCUGAUGGAUCUGGCUGAACAGGCUAUUCAGGACUACAACAAUAGAGAAAUCAACAUUUUUAAGUACACGCUCUUGAAGAUUGAGAAAGUGAACAUACUGUCAGGAUAUCUUGAACAUUUCAUGACUGUUAAAGCCAUCAAUCUCACUCUUGGUACUGUCGUUGAAACUUUUCAAAUACAUACCGGUAGCCUGUCUCAGCCUUCCGAAUGUGUUGUCAUUUCUUGUCUGCCAAAAGGAGGGGAUUUGGCCGAUAGUUCCGAGGAAGAAAUGGCUGGUAGCGAAUCGAGACAAUUUUCACCUGAGAAGAAGCCAAAUUCUGCAGAAGAACUACUUGCCUGGCAGAGGGAACUGCCCUGCCGGUUCUUGGCUAAUGAGGUUCAAUGGGACGACAAUGGUUUCAUCCCCAAAGACGCUUCGGAGAAGCUCCCCGCUAUAUUUCACAGAAUUUACGGGAGGUACUUCAAUCAGAUUUGUGAAACCGAGGGUUUCGACAUUGACAUCUAUCCCGGUGAUUCUAUGGCUGCUAUGUAUAUACCGUACCUGGAUUUUGAGAAAGAAAUUGGCUUGCUGAUGGAUCUGGCUGAACACGCUAUUCAGGACUACAACAAUAGAGAAAUCGACUAUUUUCUCCCUGCCUUGCAGGAUUACAAGUAUGAGGUCGAGUCUGUUGAAAAAGUGAACUUUAUUUUGGCUGAAUGUCGUGAAUUCUUUAUGACUGUUAAAGUUAAAAAUCUCACUCUUGGUACACCCGUAGAAACUUUUCAAAUCCAUGCAUAUAAGGGACUAGAUGUGAAGAAUGUUGUCCGUACUUGCCGGAGAAAGUUUAAGGUAUACAAAUUCCCUCCCCUUUUUGGGGAAUGAAUCUUAGUGCUAUUU